AUGGCCGUUUGCGCCAGAGGACUCAGGUGCCUAGGCACUCCUGCCGUUUCGCUCCGUCUCGCUGCAUCCCGAUCAUACGCAACCACGACACCCCCAGACCCAGCUAUCCCAAACACCCCCGGUGCGGCUGCCACAUCUUCUCCCGCAAAGCGACCCCGAACCUCCUUUCAAGACAAGCUCAAUGCCGGCCCGUCAUUCUCAGACUUUCUCUCCGACAAGGACGAUGCCCGAAUUUUGGAUCCCGCCGAAGCGUACGCCCUCAAGACAGCCCUGGUAGGACCCAAGGGUAAAAAGAAGGAAUACACCCGCCUACCGCCGUGGCUUAAAACCUCUAUUCCGGAUUCGAACAACUACAAGCGCAUCAAGAAUGAUUUGCGUGGCCUCAAUCUGCACACCGUGUGUGAAGAAGCCCGAUGUCCUAACAUCUCUGAGUGUUGGGGCGGAGGUUCCAAGUCGGCCGCUACCGCUACGAUCAUGCUUAUGGGAGAUACGUGUACAAGAGGAUGUCGAUUCUGCAGCGUAAAGACUUCCAAAGCGCCCCCACCACUAGAUCCGCAUGAGCCCGAAAAUACUGCAGAGGCGCUGUCGAGAUGGGGAUUGGGAUACGUGGUGAUGACGAGUGUGGACCGUGACGACUUACCCGAUGGGGGCGCAAGACACUGGGCGGAAACAGUCAUGAAAAUAAAACAAAAGGCGCCAAACAUAUUGGUCGAGUGUCUCACGGGAGACUUCGAUGGUAACCUCGAAAUGGUAGCCCUAGUGGCCAAGUCUGGCCUAGAUGUCUAUGCGCAUAACGUCGAGACCGUAGAAGCAUUGACCCCGCAGGUCCGUGACCGUCGCGCAGGUUUCCAGAAGAGUAUACGAGUGCUGAAGGCGGCGAAGGCAGCGCAGCCAUCGCUCAUCACCAAGACCUCGAUGAUGCUUGGCCUGGGUGAAACGGAGGAGCAGAUGUGGGACGCGCUUCGUCAGUUGCGAGCGGCUGACAUCGACGUUGUGACGUUUGGACAAUACAUGCGGCCCACCAAACGGCAUAUGCCUGUGCAUGAAUACGUGCGGCCAGACGUGUUUGAAUUUUGGAAAGAAAAAGCAUUGGAAAUGGGAUUUUUGUACUGUGCGAGUGGGCCAUUGGUACGAAGCAGCUAUAAGGCUGGCGAAGCGUUUAUUGAGAACGUGCUGAAGAAGCGAAGAGCUGAGUCCACAGGGCCAGGCAGUGCGAGUGUCCAAGACGUGGCGACCGGCGAUCUAGUCAGAUGA